ACCAGUCUCGAAGGAGAUCGAAGUUUGGGUAUAAGGAUGAGUGGUACGUAGGCAAAUCGAACCUCCGGUCAAGUUUGAUAUAGCCAAGAGACCAGGAGCAAAGAGAUACCGUGCAUCAGUUUAGAUUUAGGUUUUUUAUUAGGUUUUCAAAACCAGUUUUAAUUUGUAAACCAUAUUGAAAAUAUUAUUGGAAAUAAAAGAAAAUAAAAUAAUUGGUUUGUUUUUAGUAUUUAUUGUAAUUGUUAUUAAUUAAUUAAUUUGAUUAUAGAAAAAAUGCAUUUUAAUUAAAUUUUAUAAUAAUGGCAACAAUUUAGUUUUGUGGCUAAUUGUAGAAAUUUUUCUAAGGUUUAGAAUAUGGCUUUUUGUAGCGAAAAGAGCAACAAACUUGAGUUAGCGCUAUUUGUAGCUAGUAGCUACAAAAAUCGUUUGUGGCUAAGUCGUAGAAAUAGAGCAACAAAUAGCAACACUUAUUCGAUUGCCACAAGCUCAUAGUCAACGUAUUUUUUUUUGUGGCGAUUUGUGGCUAAGUGUUAAAUAGCCACGAAAAUUAGUCGGUAGCCACAAUAUUUUUCGUGGCUAAAUACAUAAUUUCUCGCAGUGUACUCAAACAUUUUACUCAACCAUCAACCGGCUUCAGUUCAGGAAAUACAUACUAUGGUGCUUUUUCAGGACCCUUUUAGUGUUAUAGUAAACUGUUUUUUCAGUUUUGUAUUCAGUGAAUCAAUAUAUACUCAAAUUCAUGCGUCUAUCAUAUUGUUGAUCCACCUACAGACAAAGUAAAGGAAAACAGCCUCAAUUGUUCUAAGAGAAUUAAGAGGAAAUGGUAACGGGUGGAUUUAAAACAUAUUACAGAAAUUGUAAAGUUUUAUAUUUAACAACUAACAUUGGUAUUUGUUUAUUUUUGUGAUGGUGAGGAGGAGAUAAUAACAAUGACACUGCUCGGUUAUCAAACAUCAUAUCAAGAAGAAGUACAUGUCUCACAAUUCAACCUAAGAAUCUUUUACCAGUCUUCUCCAAUUCAGACAAUGUCAAGAAACAUAAUGAGAAAAUGUGGUUUACAUCUCAAGACUACGAGUCAGAAGAAGAAGAUGACUUGGAAUCAUCCCUUUACCACAAUUUCUUUGGUAUGCAUAGUUAUAUGGGUGUUUUUAUAAACCUGAAGCAAGCAUUUGAUAAUCUUUUGUUUAUUAUAUACAGAGGAAGGUGAAGAUUAUAGUGAUCAGAGUUAUGAUGUUAGUAGUGAAUGUAAUGAUUCAUAUGAAGUAGCAUCUGAUGACAUUCAAGAAAUAUCUGAUACAAGUCCUGUACCAGAUGAACAAAGGUCUAGGAUUGCAACUAUGGCCGAGAUAUUUAAAACGAUGUUCCAGGGAGGUCAAUCCUCAUCUACUGCACCUCUGCCUAACCUAAAGACUACAAGUAAUGAAAACUUUUUCUACAUUUGUUUUCUCAGUAUUGUUUCUAUGUUUUUACCUUGACCAUCUGAAUUUAUGAUUUUUUAACAGAGUACUUAGAUAAGGGAGAUCCUACUUACAAAUGUGACUACUGUGGUUCGAAAAUGUGGUAUGGUGAACGCAUUGAAAAGAAAAAAAAAAAGACCAAGAAACCAAAAUUUUCUUUGUGUUGUGGACAAGGUCAAGUUCAGUUACCAUUACUAAAGGAAUCACCAGAGAUCUUGAAAAGAUUGCUACAUGGUGAUGAUGAGAUCAGCAAAUAUUUUCAGGAGAAUAUCAGACAGCUCAAUAUGGUUUUUUCAUUUACAUCUCUUGGGGGUAAAGUGGAUAGAUGUGUUCCUCAAGGACAUGGGCCAAAGAUGUUUCAACUUCAAGGAGAAAACUAUCAUUUAAUGGGUAGUUUAAAGCCACCAGCUGGAGAAGAAGCCAAGUUUUCUCAACUCUACAUUGUUGACAUUGAAAACGAAAUUGACAAAAGAUCUUCCAUUAUAGGGUAUUUUCAACUCAUUAUUAUCGACCAAAAUAUUAAUGGUUAUUAUUCUAUAUUACUUGAUGUUCUUAUACUGUCAAACAUCUUAAUUUUGAUGCAGGAAAUACAAGAAAAAGGCUGACAAGGCAAAAAAAGAGAGUCUGAGAAAAAAGGUCACUGAGAUGAUAGUUGAGAUGCUAGACCAAGUAAAUCCAUAUGUGCAUCAAUUCCGUUCAGCCAGAGAUAGGUUCAAUACUAACCCUGAGACUACUUUUCAUAUGAGGAUUGUUAGCAGUCGAGAAAAAGAUGGGCGGACAUAUGAUACUCCUUCUGCAUCUGAGGUUGCUGCACUGAUACCUGGGGAUUUCAAUUUGGAAAUUGAUAAAAGAAAUAUUGUUCUUGAAGAGAAGCAAACAGGAUGGCUUCAACGGAUAAGUGAAAUACACCCUUCCUAUCUAGCACUACAAUAUCCUCUUAUCUACAUAUGGUGAAGAUGAGUUCAGACUUGGGAUUGAAAAAAGAACUACAGAGGCUACAGCUAAACUGAAGCGGAAAAAUAUAAGUAUGAGACAGUGGUAUGCAUAUCGGAUUCAAGAAAGAGACGGGGAAUGUCAUACACUUUUGCACUCUAAAAGGCUAUUCCAACAGUUUUUGGUUGAUGCUUAUACAACCAUAGAAUCUAACCGGAUGUGCUUUUUGAGGAUGAACCAGAAAAGCCUUAGAUUAGAUAGCUUUGAUUCUAUUCAGCAGUCUGAAAACCAUGGGAAGACAGAUAUGAGUGAGCAAGGAAGCCGCUAUUUGUUACCAGCCACGUUCGUUGGAGGACCAAGAUACAUGAAGAAUAUGUAUUUGGAUGCAAUGGCGAUAUGCAAAUAUUUUGGGUUUCUUGAUCUGCUUAUAACUUUCACAUGCAAUCCUAAAUGGCCUGGAAUCACCAGAUAUGUUCAACCACGCAAGCUCAGUCCUGACGACAGACCAAAUAUUCUAUGCAGGAUUUUUAAGUGCAAACUGGAUUCUCUUAUGAGAGAUUUAACAGAAAAAUGGCUACUUGGAAAGACAGUCGCAUGUGAGUUUAAAACAUGGUUGUUUUAGUCUGAUAUAAUAUGUUAUACACUGUGGUUACUAAUGUCUUCCUCUUUUUCUACUGUAGCUAUGUACACAAUUUAAUUUCAAAAACGUGGUCUGCCACAUGCUCAUAUUCUGCUGUUCAUGCAUCCCAAAUCUAAAUUUCCUAAACCAGAUGAUAUUAACAAGAUCAUCUCAGCAGAAAUACCAGAUAAGGAGAAGGAACCAGAGCUGUUUGAUGUGGUAAAGGAUAUGAUGAUUCAUGAAUUCGCCAUGCAAGGAAAAUGGUAAAUGUUCAAAGCUUUAUCCAAAAGAUUUUGUGGAAAAAACUUCAGUGAACCGAAAAGGUUUUUCAGUUUACAGACGGCGUGAACAGACUGGUUGCUUUGUUGAGAAAAAUGGGUUCAAAUGCGACAACAGAUAUGUGAUACCCUAUAACAAGAAAUUAUCAGUUCGUUAUCGUGCUCAUAUUAAUGUGGAAUGAUGUAAUCCGACUGGUUCUAUUAAAUACUUAUUCAAGUAUAUUAAUAAAGGCGCGGAUCGUUGUACAGUUACUGUUGAGCCACCAGAAAAAGGAGGAGCAACAUGAAAGAAGUCAAAUGAUGGAACUACUGGAGUUGAUAAAAAAACGAGAUCAAAAACUUCUUCAACUGCAGGUAAAUUUCGUUUUUCUCUUUCUUACAAUUAAUUUUACUUCUCAAUCAGAUCAACUCUGACACUAAUUUUGAUUAUUAUUAUUUUAGAUAUGUUUCAGCCUGCGAGGGGGCUUGGAGGACUUUCAGUUUCCCUAUUCACUAUCGAUCAGUACCUGUUGAGUGAAGGCAGUGGCACCUACCAGGAAAGAAGAUUAUUUUUUUUCAAAGAUGAUGACACUUAUGAAACAGUAACCAAUCGCGAGCUUAUAGAAGAUACUAUGAUCACUGCAUGGUUUGAACUGAACAAGGUUAGUGCUGUUGCCAGAAGACUCACUCUAGCAGAAAUCCCAACAAUGUUCACUUGGAAUAACAAGGAGAAAAAGUUCCACGACAGACAGAGAGGAUUCAGUAUUGGUAGGAUCAAUUAUGCUCCAAGGAAGAUUGAACAAGCUUUCUAUUUGUGUGUUCUGCUAAACAUAGUUAGAGGUCCAAGAAAUUUUGAGGAGAUUCGAUCAUUUAACAAUGUUGUUUAUCCUACGUAUAAGGCGAUGUGUUGUGCAAGGGGCUUACUUGACGAUGAUCAAGAGUAUAUUGAUGACAUUUUCAGGACGAGUUUCACAUAAUCAGCUUCACAUUUGCGUCAUAUGUUUGUUAUGAUGCUGAUGUCUGGUAGUUUGUCAGCCCCAGAUGUUGUUUGGGACAAUACAUGGGAAGAUCUGUGUGAUGAUAUCGAGUAUAAACGGAGAAAGCUACUAAACAGGCCAGGUAUAAUAUAAUUCUAUUUUUAUGAUAUCAUAUUCUGGAAAUUUGAAGUUGAAUCAGUUUAUAUUUGUUUUUUUGUAGAUCUAUGUUUAAGUGCCCAUGAAAAAAAAACAGUUUGCCCUUCUUGAGAUUGAGAAGAUUUUAAAGAGCAAUGGAUUUUCUUUAGAUCAAUGGGAAAUUAUGCCAAAGCCAGAUCCAUAUAUUUGUGGGAAUGACAAUGUGCUAAUUUCAGAUGAUCUGAGUUAUGAUAGGGAGAAGCUGAAAGCUGAGCAUGACAGAGAUAUUGUUAAACUAACAGAGGAGCAGCGGAAAAUUUAUGAUGAGAUUGUUGAUGCAGUUGUAAAUGAAAAAGGGGGUGUGUUCUUUGUUUAUGGAUUUGGUGGAACUGGUAAAUCCUUUCUGUGGAGAUUGUUGUAUGCAGCUAUUAGAUUCAAGGGAGAAAUAUGUUUGAACACUGCAUCAAGUGGGAUAGCUUCUCUAUUACUACAAGGACGGAGGACAACACAUUCUAGGUUUGGAAUACCAAUAAACCCAGAUGAGUAUUCUACUUGCACGCUUAUUCCAGGAAGUGAUCAAGCUAACUUGGUGAAAGCAGCAUCUCUAAUCAUUUGGGAUGAAGCACCAAUGAUGAGUAGACAUUGUUUUGAGUCUUUGGAUAGGAGUAUGAAAGACAUUAUCGGGAACAAGGACAGCAGGCCUUUUGGUGGGAAAGUUGUUGUAUUUGGAGGUGAUUUUAGACAAGUUUUGCCUGUCAUUCCCGGUGCUGGACGACCAGGAAUUAUAAUGGAGUCUCUUAAUUCAUCAUAUUUAUGGAAGCAUGUCAAAGUGAUGAAGCUAGCAAAGAACAUGAGGCUACUUUCUGAAAACCUGUCUGCAGAAGAUGCUAAAAAAUUAAAGGAAUUCUCAGAGUGGAUUUUAGAUGUUGGAGAUGGAAAGCUUGGAGGAGAUAAUGAUGGAGAAGUUGUAAUCAAUAUUCCAGAUGAGUUUCUUAUUACUGAUGUAGAUGACCCGAUUGAAUCAAUUAGCAAAGCAGUUUAUGGGGAUCUUGUUUCCUUACAAGAGAAUAAAGAACCAAAGUUUUUCCAAGAAAGGGCAAUUCUCUGUCCCACCAAUGAAGAUGUCAACAGGAUUAACCAAUACAUGUUGGAUAAACUGUCAGAAGAAGAAAUGAUUUACUUAAGUUCUGAUUCAAUUGAUGCUUCUGAUAGAUUUUCAAGAAAUGACCAGGCUCUAACUCCCGAUUUCUUAAACACCAUCAAGCUUUCUGGUCUCCCAAAUCACAGUCUUCGCUUGAAAGUCGAAUGUCCGGUGAUGUUGUUUAGAAACAUCGAUCAUACAAACGGUUUGAUGAAUGACACAAGACUCCAGAUUACAGAGAUGGAUGAUUUAUUGGUAAAGGCCAAAGUUAUCACAAGAGAAAAGGUGGGAAAAACUGUGGUCAUUCCUAGACUUUCUAUUACACCUUCUGAUAAGAAAUUGCCUUUCAAGAUGAGGAGGAAGCAGCUGCCUAUUGCAGUUGCAUUUGCUAUUACAAUAAAUAAGAGUCAAGGUCAAUCGCUAUCCCAUGUUGGUUUGUAUCUACCAAAAGAUGUCUUCUCUCAUGGACAACUAUAUGUGGCUGUUUCCAGGGUUACAUCAAAAAAGGGAUUGAAGAUUUUGGUUGUUGAUGAUCAAGGAAAGCCUAAGCGUGAGACAAAGAAUGUUGUUUUCAAAGAGAUCUUUCAGAAUCUCUAA